AUGUCUGACGCAAUCACAUCCAAUGCUCACGACGUUGAAGGGAACAAGGAGAAAUCCUUGCCCGGCGGUUCUUCGCCCGCAACUCCAACCGAAGGCAUCAUAGAGUCCGAUGCUCAAGCAUACAGCCAACGUGGCGCGUGGAGCAAGGUCAGAAGCGCUUAUGGAUUGGGAAUGACGCAGGUUGCAUUGGUUGGCUGUAGCUGUCUGUUGUGGUGAGUGUCGUCGUGCGUUGAGUGGUGAUGAGGGGCGAUGGAUUUAGGCGAGGACGAAUAGCUCAAUUUCGCUCGUCCACCUUCUCUAGCCCCGGCAUGUUCAAUGCUCGUAAGUGUUGUGCAGGGCGCUUUCAUCUCGCUGCUUUUCCUUGCGCUCAAACACGCCUCGCCGCGACGCAACGUCUUGCUUGUACCUAGUCGGCGGCAUCGGAGGUGGUGGACAGGUGGACCCUUCGGCUAGCUCGAAUGCAAACGCUGCGCUGGUGAGCCCAUCCUCCGGUCUGACAGCUCGCAUAAUGUCUGCAGUGGAGGCUGAACGGACCUCUCGCUACCGGUGCAGUACUCUUGCUUCGCAUUCGUCUCAUUCUUUGGUGGAUCGAUUCACAACACGCUCGGCACGCGGCUGUGCCUCUUUAUCGGAGCGUGCGGUUAUCCACUGUACAUCGCUUCCUUCCUCUCUUACAACCACAAUCAAAAUCGGGGCUUUGUCAUCGCGGCAGGAGCUAUCCUUGGAAUUUGCGCAAGUCUGUUCUGGACGGCUCAAGGUGCCAUCAUGCUGUCCUACCCUACCGAGCAGCAAAAGGGAACGGCAUUUGCUAUUGUCUGGCUGCUGCUCAACAUUGGUGGUGUGCUAGGAAGCGCCAUCGAGCUUGGAAUCUCCUACGACAGUACGGCAGACUCUCUUGGAGACGCGGUUUAUGCUGUGUUCCUCGUCCUCACGUUCUUGGGCGCCUGCUCCACGCUGCUCCUCAAACCUCCCAGUACCGUCGUCCGUGCAGAUGGUACGAAUGUCAUCGUACCAAAAGGCAGAGAUUGGCGCAAAGAGAUCAAGGGCGUCGUGAUGCUGCUCUUCAAGGACCCCACCAUCCUUCUACUCUUUCCCCUCUUUUUAAGCUCCAAUUUCACUGUAAGUCCGCGGAUGCACUAUUAUUCUGGACAGCAGCUCACCAUGUCGUCUAUGUGCAUAUCCGACGCUGUAGUACACUUGGCAACAGCAGAUGUACAUUGCUAGAAGGUUCACGGUAAGUUGUAGUGAGGUCCGCGAGCGUCACCAUCCGUGAUCGCGUGGUUGAUCGUGCAUUCUGCUGCGUCGCAACAGCUUCGGGCUCGUAGUUUGGGUAGCAUGCUUUAUUGGUUGGCUCAGAUGGUAGCUGCGUACAUGUUUUCAUUCCUGCUCGAUUCCAAGCGUCUCACCCGACGGGUGCGCCUCAUGGUGUCUUGGGUUGUUGUCUUCGUCUUCGUCUGGGUCGUCUUUGGUGCAUGCUAUCACGUUCAGCUGGGCGUAACGCGAGCCAACACGGACCCGAACAAUCCCGACCGUAUUCCACUAGUCGAUCUGAACACGUCGGCAUUUGCGGGAGGAGCGACGCUGUACUUUUGGUGCGGCUUUAUGGAUGCUCUGAUCCAAGGUUUCGCGUACGCCAUCAUGGGAGCCUACUCGAACAAGAUGGCUGUGCUUGCAAGUCUGGCUGGAUUCUACAAGGGCGUGCAAUCAGCAGGUGCCGCAGCUGGGUUCGGCAUGGACAGCGCUGCGACCGGAUUGAUGACUACGCUCGCCACGACUUGGGGACUGUGCGCCGGUGCACUCCUCAUCAUGUUGCCCGUGCUAUUCUACAGGAUCACGAACCACACUACGGACGAGGAAGAAGAGCGGGAGCAGAUCAACGAGGAGACGGGCGCGAAUCUGCCUCAGCCUGGAGACAGGGAGGGCAAGCAAGCGAAGGAGGCACUGGGGCAGGUCAAAGAAGAGAAGCACGCUGGCAAUCUGAUCAACGACCCUGCGCCAGUCUAUCAAGCGUAG